AUGGUUGCGGUUAUAGCUGCCCCCGAUGAAGCCGGGGUAGAGACCGUUACGUUCACUGCUCCCCUCACCCAAGGGUUUGGGUACGGGAUCAUCAUCGGGCUCGGGUUCGCCUUUGCCCUGGUCAUGAUCUUCAUCACCUGGUCCCUAAAGAGGUAUCAACAUGAGAUUAUCACGUCUGAGAUGUUCUCCACAGCUGGACGGAGUGUCAAGUCUGGCCUGGUGGCCUCUGCUGUCGUGAGCAGUUGGACCUGGGCAGCUACUCUGCUGCAAUCUUCGGCCGUGGCCUACCAGUACGGCACCUCGGGGCCGUUCUUCUAUGCAUCGGGCGCCACCGUUCAGAUCAUCUUGUUUGCAACGCUCGCCAUUGAACUCAAGAGACGCGCGCCUAACGCACACACAUUCCUGGAAGCCAUCCGUGCCCGUUACGGUACCGUCGUACAUCUCGUCUUCAUCGUUUUCUGCCUGAUGACCAACAUCCUCGUUACGGCCAUGCUGCUCACUGGCGGCGCAGCGGUGCUCAACUCUAUGACUGGCGUCCCAGUUGUUGCAGCCUGCUUCCUCCUCCCAAUCGGUGUGGUUCUGUACACCCUUUUCGGAGGCAUUAAAGCAACAUUCAUCACCGACUAUAUGCACACUGUUGUCAUUGUCGUGAUCAUCUUCAUCUUCGCUUUCUCUGCCUACGCCAGCAACGACCGUCUUGGCUCCCCCGGCAAAGUCUAUGACCUCCUCGUCCAAGCUGCUCUGCGCAAUCCGGUUUCAGGGAACGCUGAAGGUAGCUACCUCACCAUGCGCUCCAAAGAUGGCGGUAUCUUCUGGGUCAUCAACCUCGUCGGUAACUUCGGCACUGUCUUCCUGGACAACGGCUACUACAACAAGGCCAUCGCCGCGCACCCAGUCCACGCUUUCCCUGGAUAUGUCAUCGGCGGUCUCUGCUGGUUCGCUAUUCCCUGGCUCUGCGCGACAACGAUGGGUCUCUCUGCACUUGCGCUAGAGGGAACGCGCCGCAUUGCCUCCGUUGACGUAACAGCCGGCCUCGUCCUUCCCUUUGCAUCUGUCGAACUCCUCGGAUAUAGUGGCGCAGUAUGCACAACCCUUAUGAUCUUUAUGGCCGUGACCUCUGCCUUCUCGGCCCAGCUCAUCGCCGUGUCCUCGAUCCUCACCUACGAUAUCUACCAAGCCUACAUCAACCCUGCCGCAAAGGGCAAACGCCUCGUCUGGGUCUCGCACCUCUCCUGCGUAGUCUUCGCAAUCGCGAUGGCUGCCUUUGCGACAGGUCUUCACUACGCUGGUAUCGGUAUGGGCUAUCUCUACCUUCUCAUGGGCGUCAUCAUCUCCUCAGCCGUGUUCCCGGGCGCCAUGACCCUCGUCUGGAAGGGGCAGAACUGGAUCGCGGCAGCCGCCUCUCCAGUUUUGGGCCUCGCAAUGUCCCUGGUUGCGUGGCUUGUUACAACAAAGACAGAGUAUGGCGUCUUCACCGUCGAAACCACAGGAGCAAACUACCCCAUGCUAGCGGGCAACGUCGCCGCCCUUCUCAGCCCUGUCGUCUUCUCGCCAGUCUUGACAUACCUCUUCGGCCCUCAGAAUUACGACUACGAAUCCAUGCGCGCCAUCCGCAAAGUCGAUGACUCGGAUGUCGCCGCGGCGGCGCACGUCGACCUCGAGCUCAUUCCCGGCGCUUCCAAUACAAACUCGUCCCCUUCACAGCAACAGCAAGAGGAAGAGGAAAUAAGAAAACUCAACAAAGCCGCAUUUAUUUCCCGCUGUCUCACAGUUGGCAUGGUAAUUUGUUUCUUGAUCCUCUGGCCUAUACCCAUGUAUGGCAGCGGGUACGUCUUCAGCAAGAAGUUCUUCACAGGCUGGGUUGUUGUGGGCAUCAUCUGGCUCUUUGGGACUGCGUUCGGGGUGAUUCUAUUCCCGCUCUGGGAGGGUAGGAGCAGUAUCAAAAGGGUUGGUAAGCUUAUGCUGCUCGAUGCGAUGGGAAGGCAGUGGAAAAGCAGUGCUCUGGUAGGCCAGGGAGACGAAGAGAGUGAAGAGUCUGGGUCUGGUGCUGUUACACCGAGCGAGAAGAUUGUUGCAAAAUGA